AUGAAAGUUAAGGCUAUUUUUGAUUACAAAUCAGAUUACGACGAAGAUUUGAAUUUUGAUGCUGGUACAAUAAUCAAUAUUAUCUCAGUAGAAAAUGAUGAAUGGUAUUCUGGAGAAUAUGACGGCAAACAAGGAAUGUUCCCAAAGAAUUUUGUUGAAGUGUUAGAUGAACCAACUGCGAAUCCUGAUCAACCUAUAAUUCCUGAAGAACUGAAACUGGCACAGCCUUUGAAAGUUGAAACUACCAACGAUGAUGUUGUCUCCAAUGAAGCACCCGUUGAAACAAACUCACCUAAAAAGUCUAUUGAAAAGCCUGUCGGAAGUCCAACGGAAACUGUUCACUCGGCUCUGAAAGCAAUUGAGUCCCAUGCAUCCAAAGUACCAAUGCCCCAAUCUUUUCCCUCUAAACCAGUUGAUCCUUAUAGUAUCAAGAAACAAUUUGUGGGCGCUAGUGCAUCGUCGUAUGUCCCCAAAAUACAACCGAGAGACGAUAGCUAUUUGAUUGCCCGUCCACUCCAUGAUUCCAAGGCGCCACUUGUUACUAGUCAUGAUGAUCCGGUGGAAAAACCCGAAGAAGAAAUCCCCAAGUUGUCAUUGAAGGAACGUAUCGCCUUGAUUCAAAAACAACAACAAGAGGAAGCCGAACGUGAAGCUGAGGCAAUAAGAAGAAAAGAAGAAAGAAACAAGAGAAAAGCUGAAGAACGGGAAAAAUUGAAACAUUUGAAAGAAACUCAACAAGAUGUCAAUGUUCCAUCUGAGAUUUCUGCACACGGUACUGGAGAGUCUAUCCAUAUACCAACCCUGCCAACUAGAAAUAAUGAACCCCCAAAAGUUCAUGACACUGUAAAAGAAACAGAAGGGCCUAUACCAAGUGCUGUUGAAGCUAAUGGAGAAGAUGCCGAAGGUGAUUAUAAGAAAGAUGAACCAAACUAUGGCGAAAGAAAUGUUCAAGCUGGUGAUGAAGAAGAAGAAGGCGAAGAAGAGGAGGAGGAGGAGGAGACCGAAGAAGAUAAACGACGCAGAUUAAUUGAAAGGAUGGCAAAAAUUUCUGGUGGUAGAAAUAUGUUUGGUAUGAUGGGAAUGCCAACACCUUUUGGAGCUCCACCACAGAGAGCACCAAGUAAAAAGAAACGUGAAGCAUCUAAGGAGCCAUCAUCUGAUACCGUGACUAGUCCUCCAAGGGACUCUGCCCCUCCGGCAUCUGAACCACCAACAUCGCCAAUUUCAAAGUCAGUCUCUUCACAUAAGAUAUCUGUACCUCCUUCAGCAAUCCCUGCAAGAGUCAGUGAUUUGGCUUCUUCGGAAUUUAGUCACGAAAGUUCAUCAAUUGCAGAGGAUGAUGAAGAAUCCGAUAUUGAUCGCCAUCAAGUGUCUUCUAAUGCUUUGGAGAAUGAGAUAGGUACUGAUAAAACUAUUAACUUGCUGAAGGGUAUUACGGCUGAAAUUGAAGGUGCAGGCUAUGACGCUGAUUUAUCUGAAGCUGCAAAAAAUGAAGAAAGAAAAGAGUAUGAAAUUCCACAGGCUCCUCCUGUUUCUGUUGCUCCUGUACCUGCGCCACCGCCACCAUCACUUCCUCCACAUCAUACAUCAGACGAAACUGAAGUACAAGAAGUUGAUUCUGAACAGGAAGGGCAGCUCCCACCUGUUCCAAGUCGUGCUCCACCUAUUCCAGUCCCAGCUCCUACUUCAGCUCCAGUCCCAGCUCCAGCAGAAGCACCUCCAAUUCCAGACUCUAAUGUUCCUGUCCCGUUCCAAAGUAAACACGUUGAAGAGGACGAAGAGGACGAAGAAUCUCUGUCUGAUGGUGAUUUUGAGUUUGCAGGUGCUCCACCGCAUCACCAAUUACCACAAAGAGCCCAAUCUGGUAGUAGACCCGCUGCUACUGUUCCACCUAUUCCUUCUACAGCAGUGCCAAACUCGCGUCCGCCACCACCACCACCGAUACCAGUAGGAGAACCACCAAAGAGAGCUGCCACCGAUUUCCCAAGUUUGGCUGGUUCCAAUGACGAGGAACACGUACUGACAACAAGAAAAUCAUUGGACUCGACUAUUUCAAGAUCGAAAUCGUUGAGAAGACAUUCUACUGUUGCUUCACAAUUUUCAAGCAAUUUUGCCAUGAAUGGUUGGUGGCUUGAAGAUGAAUUACCUGAUGAGUUAGCUUCUCAACUUGGAUCGGAUGUGAUUUAUGAAGUUGAUAGUAAUGUCCUCACCAAAAGAGGAGGUAAAACUGUUGAAUAUAAAGACUAUUACAUAUUGUGGUAUGAUUUGUCUCAGUUGGUAAUAGAAAUUGCUUAUGACGUUAAUGAUGCUGAAAAUUCUGCACGUUUGAUUAAUCAAUAUGUUAAACCUACACCACCAUUGGCGACAGGGCAAACUUUCCCUAUUUUAGAUCAAGCUACACAAUUGUUAGGCGAUAGAUUGGAUCAUGAUUUUGUUCGUUAUCUUUUUGAAUUGAAUUCAGAUAUUUUACCAAUUAUUGGAAAUAAAUCAUUUGGAGUCACGGUUUAUAAAGUUGUCAGAACUCCAUCGGUUAAUAAUUCCACCAAAUUAGGUGAAGUUCUUCCUGGUGAUAUAUUAUAUAUUAGAGGUGGAAGUUUUUCACAUAAAGGAUUAAUUGGUCAUAAAUCGACUAACUUGGGUGAAGGAGAGCCAUAUACUGCUGUGAUAUAUGAAUUUGAUCCUGUGAAAGAGAAAUUCAAACUCAUAGAACAAGAUCAAUCUGGGCAUAUAAUUAAAGGAAGUUACAAAAUUAGUGAUAUGUCUAGUGGUAGGUUAAGAGUGUUUAGACCAGUAGGAAGACAAUUUGUUGGUUGGUGA